UGAAGUAACGAUAGAUAGCAGUAUUAAUGUCGCUGAACAAGAUGGCUGAAGGCUGAGUUCCCUUUUUUACUUCGGCUUCACUUUCCUGACUUUUCUCGCCCACAAACUAAGCUUUCGCACUGUCAAUCAAGUCUGUGAUGCAAACGUAUUUUCUUGUUGAAAAAAUACUGAAUUAAUGCAAUAAUUAGAAAUAAAUUAUGGCAAAUGCUAUCGAAAAUUUAUUUGAUGCUUUUGAUGAGCAAGAUGAUGAAUCGGAAAUUAUUCAUUUACCCAAAAAGUCGGACCUUUCAUUAAAUAAAGAUGAAUUAGAAGUAGGUGUAAAGCGUCAACAUGAUGAGGACGAUGAGAAGACACUGGUUAAGAAAAUACGACAUGAUCCUAUUCUGGAUGACAUCAAUUUAGAAGAAAUAGCAUGUCGUAUAAAAGUGCAUACUAUAGAGUCUAUAGAAUCCUGUACACAUGAGGUUGCUAUCCCUCCUGAACAGGAACUCAUACCUCUGGAACAUAAGGAAGGCAAGCCAGCAAAAGAGUACAAAUUUAUACUAGAUCCAUUUCAAAAGGAAGCAAUUUUAUGCAUUGAGAACAAUCAGUCUGUUCUUGUUUCUGCGCAUACAUCAGCUGGUAAAACUGUAGUAGCUGAAUAUGCAAUAGCAUGUUCACUUAGAGAUAAACAGAGAGUAAUAUAUACUACUCCAAUCAAGGCAUUAAGCAAUCAAAAGUACAGGGAAUUUUAUGAAGAAUUCAAGGAUGUUGGACUAGUAACAGGUGAUGUUACUAUAAAUCCCACAGCUAGUAUAUUAAUCAUGACUACUGAAAUUUUGCGUAAUAUGCUGUACAGAGGUUCAGAGGUAAUGCGCGAAGUUGGUUGGGUGAUAUUUGAUGAAAUUCAUUACAUGCGUGACAAAGAAAGAGGAGUGGUGUGGGAAGAGACACUUAUACUAUUACCGGAUAAUGUACAUUAUGUAUUUCUUUCUGCUACUAUACCUAACGCACGACAGUUUGCGGAAUGGGUAGUGCAUCUGCACAAACAACCCUGCCAUGUUGUUUAUACAGACUACAGGCCGACACCAUUACAACAUUACAUAUUUCCAGUUGGAAGCGACGGUAUUCAUCUGGUCGUGGAUGAAAUAGGUAACUUUAAAGAAGAAAAUUUUAAUAGAGCCAUGACAUGCUUGCAAAAUAUGGGCGAUGCAGCUAAAGGUGACACGAAGGGACGUAAAGGUGGUCUACGCCCUUCGAAUAGCGGGCAAACGAAUAUUUUUAAGAUGGUAAAAAUGAUCAUGGAAAGAAAUUUCGCACCCGUGAUAAUAUUCAGCUUCUCGAAGAAAGAUUGCGAAGUUUAUGCUAUGCAAAUGUCCAAAUUGGAUUUCAAUACAUUGGAAGAAAAAAAAUUGGUGGACGAGGUUUUCAAUAAUGCCAUAGACGUCCUUAGUGAUGAGGAUAGGAAAUUACCACAAGUGGAAAACGUGUUGCCGCUUUUACGACGUGGAAUAGGCAUCCAUCAUGGUGGCCUUUUGCCGAUCCUAAAAGAAACUGUCGAGAUAUUAUUCGGCGAAGGUCUGAUCAAAGCUCUCUUUGCUACCGAGACGUUCGCGAUGGGUCUGAACAUGCCCGCACGAACGGUUUUAUUCACAACGUCUCGUAAAUUUGACGGCAAAGAUUUUCGUUGGAUUACGUCAGGCGAAUAUAUACAAAUGGCUGGUCGCGCCGGUAGGAGAGGUCUAGAUGAAAAAGGAAUCGUCAUAUUGAUGAUAGACGAGCAAGUUAGCCCAGUAGUUGGUAAAGCUAUCGUCAAUGGAAAGCCAGAUCCAAUAAACUCCGCGUUUCAUUUGACUUACAAUAUGGUUCUUAAUCUUCUACGGGUCGAAGAAAUUAAUCCGGAGUACAUGUUAGAGAGAAGCUUUUUCCAAUUUCAGAAUCAAUCUUCUAUUCCGACUUUGUAUAACAGAGUAAAGGAGCUGUAUGCUGCUUACAACACAGUGAAUGUUGAGAAAUACGAUGAGAUAUCUUCAUAUCACGAUAUACGGGAACAACUAAAUCGACUAAGCAGCGAGUUUCGAUCCUAUUUAACGCAACCAGAAUAUUUAUUACCAUUUUUACAACCCGGGAGACUAAUACAGGUAAAGAAUGAUAUUGGAACAUUUGAUUGGGGCAUUAUAGUGAAUUUUAAGAAAAAAACUCCGAAAAAUCCGGUAAAAGAUAAGGUUAGCAUCGUCAUCGACGUCUUACUUCAUAUAUCCAAAAAGUCAAAAGAAGGCAAUCCAAUUCCAUGUCACAGUGGUGAAGAAGGUGACGUGGAAGUUAUCCCAAUUAUGCAUAAUUUAAUUUUGCAAAUAAGUUCAAUCAGACUAUAUUGUCCGAAAGAUCUCAGGCCACUUGAUAAUCGAAAAAAUGUAUUGAAAACAAUACAAGAAGUGAAAAAAAGAUACCCUAAGGGUCUACCAUUACUUCAUCCUAUUGAAAAUAUGAAAAUACAAGAUGAGGCUUUUAAAGAUAUUGUGAAGAAAAUCGAAUUGCUGGAAAAAAAACUAUAUGCUCAUCCUUUACACAAGGACCCUAACAUAAAUGUAAUAUACGAGCAGUACUUGCAUAAGGAAGAACUAGCCACGAACCUAAAGCAAGCCAAACAAGAAUUGAAAGAGGCCAAGUCAAUAUUACAGAUGGAUGAACUCAAGUGCAGGAAGCGAGUUUUAAAGAGGAUGGCAUAUUGCACGUCGACAGACGUUAUAGAACUAAAAGGACGUGUAGCCUGCGAACUAAACGGCGCCGACGAAUUGUUAUUAACAGAAAUGCUUUUCAAUGGUCUUUUUAACGUUUUAAAUGUAGCACAGAUGGUUGCAUUAAUUAGUUGUUUUGUAUGCGACGAAAAAGCGACAGAGAUGCCUAAAAGUACAGAAGAACUAAGCGGUCCGCUCAGACAAAUGCAGGAUCUGGCUCGGAGAAUAGCGAAAGUCUCCACAGAAGUCAAUCUACAAUUGGACGAAAAUACGUAUGUCGAGAAAUUCAAACCGUAUUUAAUGGACGUUAUGUACGCUUGGUGCAAAGGCGCGUCGUUUUUACAAAUCUGCAAGAUGACCGAUAUAUUUGAAGGAUCUAUUAUCAGAUGUAUGCGUCGCUUAGAAGAAGUACUUCGGCAACUGUGCCAAGCUGCAAAAGGUAUCGGAAAUGUUGAACUAGAGAACAAAUUCAGCGAGGCGAUAAAACUUAUAAAGCGAGAUAUUGUAUUUGCUGCUUCUUUAUAUUUAUAA